UACUCCCGACAUGCAAAGCGGAUUCUUUCCCUCGGUCUCGGCCCGGGAGUCCGAGAGUCCCAGCAGCCCUCGGGACGCGAAAGGCAACCUGGGAGCGGUAGUUCUCCUGGGCGCCUAGCAUUGUCGCCCACGCAGCAGUAGCGGCUUCUGCGGCUCCAAGCCAGCGGGUCCUGUGAAGGCGAGCAGACGCGGAGAAAGGACGCGGGAGUGAGAGAGGGUGAGUCAGCCACUGUCUAAACGAUAACGGGAGGCGGCUCUGCGGGGUAGGGUUGAAUUCAGUAAAUGGGCUCGUGCUGCGGUCUCUUCGGAGACGCUGCUAUCUUAGCGUCAGCGAGGGAAGGUUGAGGAGGAGCCAGAGCCGGGUCCUGCAGCCUUUCUCGCCAUCAGCGCCCGUCGCCAUCUCCACCAUGCAGUCCCGGGAAGACGCCCCGCGCUCUCGCCGCCUAGCCAGUCCCCGUGGUGGGAAGCGGCCCAAGAAGAUUCACAAACCCACAGUUUCGGCCUUUUUCACGGGUCCAGAGGAAUUAAAGGACACAGCCCAUUCUGCAGCCCUGCUGGCACAGCUCAAGUCCUUCUACGAUGCGCGGCUGCUGUGUGAUGUGACCAUCGAGGUGGUGACGCCUGGCAGCGGGCCUGGCACGGGUCGCCUGUUCCCCUGCAACCGCAAUGUGCUGGCCGCGGCAUGUCCCUACUUCAAGAGCAUGUUCACAGGUGGCAUGUACGAGAGCCAGCAGGCCAGCGUGACCAUGCACGAUGUGGACGCCGAGUCCUUCGAGGUGUUGGUCGACUACUGCUACACGGGUCGUGUGUCUCUCAGUGAGGCCAACGUGGAGCGCCUGUACGCGGCCUCCGACAUGCUACAGCUGGAAUAUGUGCGGGAAGCCUGUGCCUCCUUCUUAGCCCGACGUCUUGACCUGACCAACUGCACCGCCAUCCUCAAGUUUGCAGACGCCUUUGGCCAUCGCAAGCUGCGAUCCCAGGCCCAGUCCUAUAUAGCUCAGAACUUCAAGCAACUCAGCCACAUGGGUUCAAUUCGGGAGGAGACUCUAGCAGAUCUGACCCUGGCCCAGCUGCUGGCUGUCCUGCGCUUGGAUAGUCUGGACGUGGAGAGUGAGCAGACAGUGUGCCAUGUGGCAGUGCAGUGGCUGGAGGCUGCUCCCAAAGAGCGGGGUCCCAGUGCUGCAGAAGUCUUCAAGUGCGUGCGCUGGAUGCACUUCACUGAAGAAGAUCAGGACUACUUAGAAGGGCUGCUGACCAAGCCCAUCGUGAAGAAGUACUGCCUGGACGUUAUUGAAGGGGCCCUGCAGAUGCGCUAUGGUGACCUGUUGUACAAGUCUCUGGUGCCAGUGCCAAACAGCAGCAGCAGCAGUAGCAGCAGCAACUCUCUUGUAUCUGCAGCAGAAAAUCCACCCCAGAGACUGGGUAUGUGUGCCAAGGAGAUGGUGAUCUUCUUUGGACACCCCAGAGAUCCCUUUCUCUGCUGUGAUCCAUAUUCGGGGGACCUUUACAAAGUGCCGUCACCUUUGACCUGUCUGGCUCACACUAGGACUGUCACCACUUUAGCUGUCUGUAUCUCUCCUGACCAUGACAUCUAUCUAGCUGCUCAGCCCAGGACAGACCUCUGGGUGUAUAAACCAGCUCAGAAUAGUUGGCAGCAACUUGCAGAUCGCUUGCUGUGUCGUGAGGGCAUGGAUGUGGCAUAUCUCAAUGGCUACAUCUACAUUUUGGGGGGGCGAGACCCUAUUACUGGAGUUAAGUUGAAGGAAGUGGAAUGCUACAAUGUUAAGAGAAACCAGUGGGCAUUGGUGGCUCCACUGCCCCAUUCUUUUUUAUCCUUUGACCUAAUGGUAAUUCGAGACUAUCUCUAUGCUCUCAACAGUAAGCGCAUGUUCUGUUAUGAUCCUAGCCAUAAUAUGUGGCUGAAGUGCGUUUCUCUGAAGCGCAAUGACUUUCAGGAAGCCUGCGUCUUCAAUGAGGAGAUCUAUUGUAUCUGUGAUAUCCCAGUCAUGAAGGUCUACAACCCAGUUAGGGCAGAAUGGAGGCAAAUGAAUAAUAUUCCCUUGGUCUCAGAGACCAACAACUACAGAAUUAUCAAGCAUGGCCAAAAAUUGUUGCUCAUCACCUCUCGCACCCCACAGUGGAAAAAGAACCGGGUGACUGUGUAUGAAUAUGAUAUUAGGGGAGACCAAUGGAUUAAUAUAGGUACCACAUUAGGCCUCUUGCAGUUUGAUUCUAACUUUUUUUGCCUCUCUGCUCGUGUUUAUCCUUCCUGCCUUGAACCUGGUCAGAGUUUCCUCACUGAAGAAGAAGAAAUACCAAGUGAGUCUAGCACUGAAUGGGACUUAGGUGGAUUCAGUGAGCCAGACUCUGAGUCAGGAAGUUCAAGUUCUCUUUCUGAUGAUGAUUUUUGGGUGCGUGUAGCGCCUCAGUGAAAUGCACAGGAUCAACAGGGUUUGUUGUAACUAAAUUGAAACACUAAGUUGUUUUUACUGUUUUGGAAAAUAUCUUAAAUAUCCUUUUUGUUCCUAAAGGAGGGGAAAAGUUGAUUAACUUCUGGUUUGGUUUAGAGAAAGUAAUGUUUGAAAUACGAAGGUAAUUUAAUGUUACAAAUUUUAACACUCAAAUCAACCUUUUAAUAAUUUUCUGUGCUAAGGGUCCAAUAUUUAUUUGAUUAGUAUGUUUAUGUUUCAUGACACUAAUUUAGUCUUUUGAUACAUUUUACAUUCUGUUUACUGCCACAAGCACUGUGGCAAUAACUUUUGAAUUUUAAUUUUUAUAAUAGAAAAAUGAUUAGGAAUUGCUAGAUAGUGUUUUGAAAGCAUAUCUUUUUCUUCAGAACAAUGUAGACUUCCAAAAUGGUUAACCUAAGGGGUCUUUACAAAAUGUGUUAUAAGUUAAACAUAAUUUGGGAAGUUUUACUUUUGUUUUCUUCUAUGAAGAAAAAAAUGCAGGCUGGGCGUGGUGGCUCACGCCUGUAAUCCUAGCACUUUGGGAGGCCGAGGCAGGUGGAUCACCUGAGGUCAGUUCAAGACUAGCCUGGCCAACAUGGUGAAACCCCGUCUCUACUAAAAAUACAAAAAUUAGCUGGGCGUGGUGGCAUGCGCCUGUAAUCCCAGCUACCCAAGAGGCUGAGGCAGGAGAAUUGCUGAAACCCGGGAGUCAGAGGCUGCAGAGAGCCGAGACUGGGCCACUGCACUCCAGCCUGGAUGACAGAGUGAGACUCCGUCUCAAAAAAAAAAAAAAAAAGGAAAAAAAAAAAGAAAAAAAACCAUAUGUGUAUUAGGGUGACUGAGUGGUGACUUCAUUUAUAAUAAUACAGAGAAUAGCUAUAAGCUCAUUGACAGUAAAAACAACAAACCAGGAUUCUACUGUUUGAAAAGAAGUUUCGUUUUAAUUUUGGAAUUUAGAAUGUAUAUUUGCAAAGUCACCAAUUUUCAUCUAAAAGGUUAUAUUCUAGUUGUGUCACCAAAUCAUCAAAAAACCUUAAAAAAGAAGUAACUUGCUUUGUAGGUUUGUAUUGUUGAUCUAAACCUGAUACAUGCUUCAUUUAAUCAGGAAUAAUCCUUUUUUCUGCUGGACAUGUAUAAAUUUCACUGGAUUGUAUAAAUUUUUAUCUAUUGCCUUAAACAUUUACAUGAUUCUCAAUAUGUUUUAGCUGCACAGUUUUGGUGUUCAUCUUAGAGGAUUCUUCAGCAGAAGUGAUAUUUCUUUACUGUUUUGUGAGGUAAUACUGAUUUUGAAAAUAUAUAUAAGCUAAAAACAGUAUUUCGUUGAUAUCAGUAGUCAUUGUGUUAACUAUAAAGUCAAGUGCCAGCAAAGAACUUUAAAACUGUAAAGCUGUGUAUAGAACUGUUUUGUGUAGCAUGGAAAUAUUCUGUCAGCUUUUUAAAGUCACUAAAUGUUCUUGAUUAUCAGCUUGAAGGUAUUUUUGUAUUACAAGUUGACAGUUGCUGGGUGUAGUGGCUCAUGCCUGUAAUCCUAGCAACUCGGGGCUGAGGUGGGAGGAUUGCUUCAGCCCAGGAGUUUGAGACCAGCCUGGGCAACAUAGCAAAACCCCAUCUCUACAAAAAUAAAAAAUAUGUCUGGGCAUGGUGGCCCAAGUCUGAGUCCCAGUUACUUGGGAGGAUCACUUGAAUGUAGGAUCACUUGAGUCUAGGAGUUGGGGGCUGCAGCUAUCAUCUGCAGCUAUAAUCAUAGCUCACUGCAGCUAUGAUCAUGUCUCUGCACUCCAGCUUUGGCAACAGAACGAGAUCCCAUCUCAGAAAAACAAAGUUGAUAGUUAAAGAACGUAAGUGGAUGAUGGCAUUUGAGGCCACUAGUGAAAGUAUGUUUUCUCUAAAAUAUUUCUCUAAUAGUGAUAUAAAUGGCUAUUUUAUUAUGAUGUUUGUAUGUGUUUUGUAUUUCUCUGUAAACCAUGCUCCAGUCUUUAUUUUUCUGUUACCAUAAUGUAAGAGAAAGUCCUGGAACAGAGACUAAAUCCCACGAAACUGACAUUGUUAAACACACUAAAGCAAAAGUACUUACCUCUUGAAGAUUUAAUAUAUAAUGGUUGACAUGAUACAUGUACAUGAUGAAUGACCAGAUGCUUAUGGUCUACAUUUUCCUUUAUCCUGUUAGUAUUACCUUCCUUAAUCUUUGUUCAUUAACAUGCUAAUUCCUCUUCAGUGUUUAUUUUCUAGUGACAGAAUGCUAACAUUUCUUACACCCUGGCAGAAGGGAGAGAAAUGUGUUUCGGGGUGGGUAACUAAAUUUUUGAGUGAAAUAUCAUAAGAUGAGAAUGGAAAGAGGGAGACACAAAGAGUUAUAACAAAAAAACAAUGGUUUUUUUAGCCAUUUGACUGGCUCUUUAAAUAGUCUACAAGACAUUCAUGUUUAACAUCACUUUUAGUGAAAUAAAAUAUGCCGUACUAGUAUGUGCUUCAAAAGGGCAAAUGUGCUUUAGUGCCCUAAGGCUAAAUUUUGGUCAUUUGACAUCAGAGAUGUUAUAAGUAUUGCACUUAAUACGCACCUAUUUCUCAAUAGUGUUAUUUUUUGGCUAGCAUUUUCUUUACCACUAUCUUGUUGAUAGCUUUUUGUUCUCUAAGGUUGAAACAUGACAGUGCUUAUCUCAAACAGAUUACCCAUCUGCAGAACUAAGGAAAGCAAUUUAUGUAUGAAAGAAAUUCUCAAAUUCGUCGUUCUCAACCUUUGAAUUAAAGCUUAGACUAAAUAGUAAUAUAUCGUGGGAAGGAUUUUGGUUUUGUGAUAUUUCUGUGAAUUAAGGAAUAGAUGUUAACCAUUAUUUUGUAGAAAAGUGAUUUGUAUGUGGUUAAUUAUAAAUAAAACUGGUACCAGAA